CGCCGCCGCCGCUCCCCGUUGUCGCCGCCGUCUCGGCCGGGCUCCGCAGCUCCGCCGCCCGCGGGGCCGCCAUGGAGCCGCCGCCCUGCGCGGAGAGAGCGCACUCGUGUUACUGAACACGCUCCGCUUCUCUUUGACCUGAAACUGGAUCCAUGCCUGAGCCCCAGCAGUGACCUGCUGGCCAGGAGCACGCUUUCAGCCCGUUGUUAAUAAGACGUGCUAUUUCUGCUUUUGGAGCCGUGCCUGGAGUGGUGGUGCGGACGUAAAUCCCGAGUGAUAGCGGGGUGGGCUGCUGAGAGUUGCCGGGAAGAUUUGUCCCUCACGUUGCCAUCCCCUUCAGCACAUUCACAUGCCUUCAGUGUCUUCAGCAGCUCAUGUGCGAUAGCACCCAGUUGAUGUGUGGAUGCCACUGCCAGCGCCGGGUGAGCUCACGUGGCUGGCCACCCCCUGCCCCGAGCCCCCCAUGCCCUGUGCCCGUCCCCCCGUACAAGUCCUGCGGCCACACUUGAUUCCAGGCACCCUUGGGGCAAUGUCCUGUGUGGUGGCAGCAACCUCCGACCACCCAUUUCAUGAAACCGGUAGGGACUCUCUCUGGUCUGUGAAAUUCACUUAAAACUGAUCAAAAAGGUCUGAAGAGCUUAGAGGAUGAGCUUAGUCCAGCACAUUGACUGCACGCGUCCAGCGUGCUGGCUCUGGCAAGAGGAGGCUUGGCUCCUGCCCUCGCUGCUCGGCAGGUUAAUGACGGGUGACAACGUUAUCCUUCCUUGAGCAUCUUCUGCAUUAAACUCUAAAGUUUGUGUUAAAAAUUACCCCCUGGAUAUUUUUUACCUCUUUCCUUGCCUUUUUUUUUCCCCUUUAUUUUCCUCCAAGGUGCCCUGGGAAGGUUUUCUGCCAGCUUUAAUUAUUUGUUUAGCUCCACAACAUGGGUUUGCAACUCCCCCAACCUCUCUGGCCAUAAGUGCCCACAUGGUGGCUGUUGCUGACCUGCACCACCCAAAAAGGGAUUGAACCUGGAGCUCCAACACCUGAGCUCUGACAGGGGAAAAAAAAGAGGGACUGCUCACCCCCUUUUGCUGUGUCGGGGCUGUGGAUACACACAAUUUUAUUAAUUUCUGUUUGCAGCGAGGGCUGUGUGUGCCGUGUGGUUGCGACCCACCCGCUUGCUCCUCCUGUCUCCUCUCCCAGCGCAGUGUCGAAAGGCACAGGCUUCCCAGCACAGUGUCCCCAGGGACACAUCCAGAGCUGGGCUGAGAAAGUGGCAGAAUUAAAAAUAAACGUAAGUGCAUCCUGACAUGUUAACCACAUUUAGAGAGGCUUUAGUGCCAACCCACUCGGCGGGAAGGCAGAAGAUGCUUAGAGACAAGUAGGUCAUGGGACACAGAUUGUCCCGAAUCAGCGGGAAAAGAUGGAUCUGGAGCACGCGGGCACAUUGUGCCACCAGACGGGCAGACGGGAGCGAGGACGGGAGGAGAGCGCGUCAGCACUGAGCUCUGCCACCUCGAACAUCGCCGAAUUCAGGAGAAACAGCAAUGCCACCAGUCUGCUCCUGAGCAGAGCAAUGCAUGCCGUCACGCCCUGCGUUUUGGGGUCCCCAAGCCCUGCAGUGCCGAUGCACCUGAACGUGCCCAGUCUAUAUGUGGACGGGGGUGAGCCCACAAGUGCUGGAGCAGUGGUGUGGGCUGGGGUCUGUACCCACUCUGCCAAUGGGGUCAACGUGUGCUCCUGCACCCCAAACCCACAGCUGUGCUCGUGAGGACACCGCUAAUGGAUGAGGCAGAGCGAUGCCCCUUGCACAUUGCUGCUUUUGCUGUGCUGCUCCUGGGUCUGCUGCGUUUACUGGAUGGGUGCUGGGAGCUGGCCUCGGACCUUUUCAGGGCUGGUGGGAGUGGGAUGUGCAGCCCCAAACACUGCCCCGAGCCUGCCCGGGGCUGGCAGGGCCACAGCAUCCCCAGGGCACUGGCACCAGGAAGGGGAGGAGAGAGGGAGACAGCCAAGAUUGAUGCUGCCAGCACAGGAGCACAGAGAGGAGGGAGACAGCCAAGGUCAGAGACAGCACUGCCAAAAUGCAGAAUGAAUCUGCGAGAGAGCUGGAAAUAAAUAGAAAGAGGAGGGGGGGGAGGAGGGAGCCUGGGAGAUGGAGCAGGGCGAGGGGUGGGAUGGGGCUGUGGUGACAGGGACAGGCUGUUCGGACAAAAUGAUUAAAUAGGGAUGAAGGGGACAGAAAGCUGGAGCCCCGAGCAGGCAGAGGACAGUGGGAGAAGGAUGGGGACAGCCAGGGGGGCUGUGGAUGCAGGUGUGUCCCUUUGGUCCCCUCCAGAACAUCCCCUUGCAGCACAGCCCUGUUGACACCGGUCCUGCAGAGGCUCCUGGCACCCACUGGCCUCAAUCCAGCCCCGUGGAGGAGAAUUCUGUCCCUGCCUCCUCGCUGCUCACAGCAUCCCGCAGCAGAGCACGGCUCAAGGUGACGCAGAGGACAGGGGCAGCAGCUGGGCAAUUCGGGCACCAGCCGCUGGCUGCCACAGAGGUGGGGACACCCAGUGAUUUAGGGGGACUGAUUUAUGGCCGGGGCUGGCUCUGGACCCAGGGCUGGUAAUCAGCCUUGGCUCUGGGAUGGCUGGAGCUGAUGCAGCCUGGCACCGGCCGCAGGAUGGGCAGCGCUGGGCACCUGGGCAGGAUCAGUGCCCUGGCUGAGGCAGUGGGUGCCACUGGGGCUCCUCCAGGUCCCCAGGGGGAUGCCUGGCUCCAGGGGGGCUUUAUGACAGAAAACCCUCUCCUGCUCUUCCUCCCAGCCACUGAGCCACGCUGGGAAGGGGCUGAAAACGUUUUGUGGUGACAACUGAGGUCUGAUUUUCGUCAGCUAACAGCGAGGUGACAGGGAAGCCACGGGCGCCUCAUGAUACAGCUGCGGCUGGCACACUGGGCUCAGGACUCCCGGGGCCGCCCCUGGCUGCGGAACAAAGCCCCCGGGACCCGGGGCAGGGGGUCUGAGGCUCGUUUGUCCCCUCAGCACCACCCUCGUUGUGCCGGGACCGGGCGGGGGCUGCGGGGACCGGGCUGGGCUCUGCCCGCCGCCCGCCGCCCUCUCCUUUUGGCGGGAGCCGCCCUCAGGCCUCGGCCCCGGCUCCGCGGCCGCCCUCAGCGCCCGGCUGGGCACCGCCGUCCCCUCAGCGCCCUGCCGAGGCCCCCGCUGUCCCCUCAGCGUCCCGCUGGGCACUGCCGUCCCCUCGGGACCCUGGCGAGUCGUCCCCAUCCCCUCAGCGCCCGGCUGGGUGUGCUCCUCCUGUGCCAGUGUUUGCUCUGUCAGCUCCGACCCACAGCUCCAUCUCUCUCCGAGGCCCUGACGGACAUUUUCCCUCGGAGCUUCACACCCUCUGCCCGCCUGCUCUCCCCUCAUUCCCCAGGACCCUUCUCUACUUUGCCUCCAAGACAAGGGAGAAGGGGAAAAGCCCAGGGAAAGUGGCAGCACAGGUGACCUACGAGCCUCAGCACUGACACCAUGUUCUACAUGCAUUUGCUCGUGAACAAGCGUGGGCCGUUGGCCAAAAUAUGGCUUGCCGCCCACUGGGAGAAGAAGCUCACCAAAGCUCAUAUAUUUGAAUGUAAUUUAGAGACUACCGUUAAAAAUAUCAUCUCACCAAAGUUUACAAUAGCUCUGCGCACCUCAGGACACUUACUCUUAGGAGUGGUGCGGAUUUACCACAGGAAAGCAAAAUACCUCUUGGCAGACUGUAGUGAAGCUUUGACAAAAAUGAAGACAGCUUUUCGCCCAGGACUUGUUGACCUUCCAGAACAGAGCUUUGAAGCUGCUUAUCAGUCCAUUACAUUACCUGAAGAAUUUCAUGAUUUUGAUACUCCACUACCUGAUUUAAAUGCCAUUGACGUUGCAGAACAUUUUACCUUGAAUCAGAGCAGAGCUGAAGACAUCACACUUACAGAGGAUUACGAAAGCAACAUACUUCUCUGUGAUAGAAACUUUGAUGAGGAACCAGAAACACUAAGAAAACAGAGCUGCUUUGACGGCAGCUUCCUAAUGAGCAGCAACAAUCUCAUGGCUGAUCACACCUCUGCGAGUGUAAAUGGAGACAAGUCUGCACUGCAUGAAGAUGUUUACUGUUUUGAGAAGGAUUGUUUUGGAGAUGAGGAGGCUGGUGCAGAUAUGAUUGAAAUCCUGCUGAGGGAUGAGCAAAAUGGCCUAAAUAAUGACAUUCUUGAUAUGGAGGAAGAACUUCCUUUGUCACAAGAUCUUCCGGAGAACACCAGAGCCAUUGAAUCCAACUGUGAAGACACUGCGAUUAAGACAGAAAGCCAUCUAAUGAAUGAAACAAUACUUUUGUCUAAAGAAGACGAAGGAUUUGUGCUUGAGCCAGUUGAUGAUACAGCUUUCAACCAGAGGAAAAAAAAUAAAAGAAAGAGGAAGUUGCUUGUGGAUGAAGACAAGGAGCUCAGCUGCAGUGCUAUAUACAACCAACUUAACAACUGCGUAGACAUCCUUGUUACGUUAGACCUUGCACCCCCAACAAAAAAAACAAUGGCAUGGAAAGAAUCAGGAGGAGUGGAUACACUCCUGUCCAACCCUACACAGCCUGUGGUUCAUGCCGAGCUACAAAUGUUGUUUGCAAAAUGCUUUGAGAGUCGCGGAUUUAAGAUGGCAAGAAACGUAAUGCAGGUGGAGUCUGAAAUGGAAGAAACAAGAAAAGAACAAGAUACCUCAGAGAUGCUGAUAAUGGAAGAACCAAGUUACCUGCAGGAGUCAGCUCAUUCAGAGACCGAGAGAAAAAUUAGAAAUGAUUCAUUUGUAAUGACAUCACAGAGUAACAGAAACGAAACUGAUAAUAACUUUGGCGAGAAACUACAGGAUGCAACUGCUUUCUCUGAGAGCUCCUCAUUUGUGAAUAAUUCACUGGGCCAGGAAGCUCCGGCACAGCAAGCUGAGUUAAAUGAGCUAGCAAUGAAAAACAAAGACAAUGAAGAAAUUAAGCAGAGCAAAAGAACUCUUCAGUUCUUAAAAACUUUACAGCACCUGAACAAAUCAGGAGUGAAUUCCUUCAGCUUACGGGAGCUCUGUCGGAAAAAUAACCGGAAAGAAGUUGCGGCCAAGUUUUACAUCUUCCUUGUUCUGAAGAAACAGCUUGUUAUUGAGCUCGCUCAGAGCGCUCCGUUUGCAGACAUUACAGCCACUGUCGGCCGCAUGUUCGAUGCUUACUGAAAUCACACAGUAUUCAGAUAAGCUAAUAAAAAUGUUUCUGAUUUUUCAGAAAAUAUUUUUCUUGAAAAAAUGAAAGUCCUGUCAAACCAUGGUGAACUAAGCAGAGCUCCCCUUCAUUUAUGUGACCUCUCAGGACUGCAAAGUAACUAGCUUGGGCAGGUGUGCUGCUGCAGCAUUGGGUAUCAAGGUGGUCACUUGUACCUUUAGUCUCACAUAUAUGUUUAUAAAAUGAGCAGUUACUUACUCUGUUGAUAAUAGAUAGCAAAAAUACAUAUUCCACAUAAGACAUUUACAUUAUGAAGGGCUUCAUAAAAGUUCUUUAAAGCCUUUCUUAGAGUCCAGCUUUGGAAACUAAAUUAUUUUUUGCAGGGCUCAUGUAUGUGAAUUAUUUUACUCCAUCAGUAAGAGAAAAGAAAUCUGUCAAGCUAUCUUUAUCAAAAACUUUAGUCUAUUUAAAAUUAUUUCUUUCAAAGAAUGUUCAGUUUUUGAUAUUUUAAGGUCUAACAAGCUACUGUCUCCAGCAUUAUCUUCAUGUCUUGAGAUAGACAAUUAUGUUAUCCCUGAAGUCAUGUAAGCAUCAGGAAGAAAUCCUACUUCCUAGAAAUCCUGCAAUUUUAGAUUGUGUGGAGUAUAUUUCCAUAAAGACUAACAGUUUUAUUUAUGUGUAGAUAGACCUAUUUAAAAAAAAAAAAAAAAAGAUGUUAAACUGAAAUAUUAUUAAUCCUUGGCAUUUUAAUCUAAUUUAUGGAAAGUUUUAACACCUUUACUGUCGUUUUGUAACAAUAAUAUUUUUCACGUGGUGCAGGCAGCUUAACCGAGCCUGCUCAGCAUGGAAUGGUUUGUACGUUCGCUGCUCCAAACAAAGUGUCACAGUGCUUUGGGUAUGUUGACGUCUCUUUAUAUGAAAUCAAUAAAAAUCAAACAAAGAUGUUUCCUUAGCUCACUGGUGUUUGUUCUGAAGGAUCAAAGCUGGCAGCCACCUAGCUGUUGUUUGGGUUCACCUUCUUAGCGUUUGCUGUGAUUUUCUUAAAAUUUAAACGGACGGAUGAUAUUGUCUUCCUGACUUUCCAGAUGUGCAUUUCAGUUACAUGCUAACAUGUGGUGUUCCCUGCUGUGCGCUAAUUUGUUUGUAUAUGUAGGGUUUAGGGAAUACGAGGAAGAGCAGCCCUCACUGAUUUCAAUGUCUCUAUUUACAGGAAUAAAAAAAAAAAAAAAAGCUUUAAGAUUACUUAAGAUUUUGCCCUGGGCAGGAAUGGAUGAGUUGGGGUGUUUGGCUGGCUCAUGGAGGGAUGUUGUUUCAGCUUUUAUUUUUUCUAUUUUAGACUAUUUGACAAAAUAAGCAGUAAAAAACCUUCACUGCUGUUCUGUGAUGGGUUAC